UAUGGUUAAACAGCGACUAUUUUUCUUUAAACAUUACACGUAAGACGUUUAAAUACUUGGACUCAUUUCGAGGUUAGAACACGGUCAUUUUUGUAUCUUAUUUGAGUGUGUAAGCUAGCGUUACUACGACAAGCGAAUUUGGGACCCCCAGCGUUACAAAUAAGGUAGCUUUGGCUAGCUAGUUUGUUUCCAGUACGUUAUUUGAAGCUCCUGCCUUUCUGGAUAUUAAGACAUGCUGAGACACAGUUUUUGAAUUACAAGGAUGUCACCCUUUGAACGUUGCUGAACCCAGUGUUUCUUGACGAUGACCACAUUAGUAGCUUAUGAGGAUUCUGAGUCUGAGGAUGAAUGUCUGGACCAGAAAGAAGGAGCUGGCUCACAACACGAAGCGACGGAAUGUCAUUUAUUGGCAUCGACGCCAAAGCCUGAUAGUACAAUGUUGGAAUGCCACCUGAAUGUCUUUGGAAAAGACAGUUCCUCUUCACAAAAGCAGAGCUCUUCCCUUGGUACACCUGCUAUUCUUCAGAAAAAGGCUAUCCUGCUUCCAUACAUCGCACCAAGAGUUUCUGAUAAGCCCAAAAGACCCUGCACUGUCCCGCCCGGUGUCCGACCCUACAUUCCCAAAAGGCAAAGACUUGUUACUUCUUCCAUAGAAAAAGAGGACAACCUAACAGGGGGAGUUCACUACAGAGAUUUCCAAAUUCUCUCAGCAGCGUCUCAGAAAAUGAAGCUGCAUCUUGCUCAUAUGCCUGCUCCUGCUGCUGCUGGGAUACCCAAGAAGCUUCUGCUGAGCCUUCAAGGCCACCACGGCCCAGUCAACACAGUGCAAUGGUGUCCAGUUCCUCAAAGAAGUCAUCUCCUGCUGUCUGCCUCCAUGGACAAGACCUUUAAGGUGUGGGACGGAGCCGAGAGUGGACGAUGCCUGAAGGUUUACACCUGCCACUCAGGAGCUGUACGAGAUGCACGAUGGAGUCCCUGCGGGCGCCAGCUUCUCACUGGCUCGUUUGACAACACAGCUGUGGUUACCGACGUGGAGACUGGCCAUCCCAUCGUCAAAGCGGAUAACCAGUUCAAGUUGAUGUGUGUGGUCUUGCAUCCCUCAAACCCUGAGGUGUUCCUGUGCGGAGGUUACAGUUCAGUGGUCAAUGCUUGGGACUCUCGCUGCUGCAAGGUGGUCAAAGUGUACAAAGCAGCAAUCCAGCAGACGUUAGAUAUUCUCUUUCUGAGAGGCGGCCUCGACGUCAUCACAAGCUCCGACUGUGUCAGCAGAGACUCUGCGGACCGCACGCUGAUUGCCUGGGACUUCCACACCACUGCCAAGGUCUCCAACCAGAUCUACCAUGGACGACCCAGGACAUGCUGGAGAGACUAUGUCUUCCGGCUGGCCUGGGAACGCCUCAGGAUCCCCGGGAAGAGCCGGACGAAGUUGCUGGGGAGAGGGAAGUCUGGCCUUCCCUGCUUAACCUGCUGCCUCCGCGACCUGGCCUCUGAUAAGCGGAGGAAAAUGGAUGGAUGGAAAUUAAAAGUACUACUGUGUUUCCCUUCUGAUCUCAAGGAGCGCUACACAUGCCCCAGCCUGGCUCUCCACCCACAGGGGGAUUCCUUUGUAGCCCAGACCAACGGCGACUACGUGGCCGUGUUCUCCUCCCAGCGUCCCUAUAGGAUGAACAAGAGGCGACGUUUCGAAGGACACAAGGUCGAGGGAUAUGCGGUGCAGUGCGAAUUCUCUCAGGACGGAACUAUUUUAGUGUCUGGCAGCUCCACUGGCUCAGCCCACUUCUACGACUAUCACAACGCUCGGCCGCUUUGCUCCCUGCAAGCGCACAGUCAACCGUGCCUGUGCGUGUCCCAGCAUCCCGUCCUGCCGGCCACCGCCGCCACUUGCGACUGGGCCGGUGAGAUUAAGGUCUGGCACUGAGGAUCAAGUCAAAAAUGGAACCUAAAUGUUAGGUAGGUGAAGUCUAGGAGUGUAACUGGAUCUCUGGGGCACACAAACACAGCAUCAGAACUCCUCCAAGUCAUUAUCUUUAAAAGCAAAAUGCUCUUUGGCUCUUGAUGUGUCUUUGUUCUCGGCAGCGCUGAUGUGACAUUUCCCUCAACAUCUCAGCCGGAGCGAGACUAAAGUAAAAUGAAUUGCUCACAUCUGUCAGUGCUUGUCAGCUUUGUCCAAAAAAUCCCACCCGUCAAGAAAAGAACAAUGACGUGCAUGCGCUUGUGAUCCUUAUCUUUGAAUUGAAGAGUCCUUAAAAUGCACGUUUCAGUACAGAAUGUAACUUUCUGUGCUCUUGUUCAAGUGUUAUAGUCAUUCAUGGUUUUUUUAAAUGUCAAAUAAAGAGCUGGCAAGUGGUGACAGAGAAAACAAGUUCAGAACAAUAUGAAUAAAAAUACAACGCAGCUUCAAAAUCUGAAAUUUGCGAAAAAAUUUCUAAAAUGUCACACAAAACCAUGGAGCACGUUGACUGGCUACCAUGCUGAUAGCUGUGACACAGGUAUUGAGACUGUAGGUAUUUUAGUGACACUGCUGACAUUAUCUGCUCAUGCUAGCCACAGUUUGACUGGCUAGCAUAGUUGUUACUUACAGUAUUCCUCGCUAUAUUUUGGUUCAUCAUUUAUGCCCCUGCUAUAUCACAGAUUUUUAAGUGAUAAUGGGUUUUUACAGGAUACAGCAAUCUCUAAUUUAUUGUGGGGAUGAAGUUCCGGACCACCCUGCAAUAGGUGAAAUCCACAAAGCAGCGAACAGAUAUUUUUGGGACUAUUUAUACUUAUUUUAAAGCUUUGUGAACCCCCCAGACUCUUAUUAUUCUUCGCCACACUCCUAUCAACCUCUACCAAACUCUUAAACACUUUCUAUCCCCUUAAACACCUUUUAAACUCUUAAAUCUACUUUAAUGCAUAGUAUUACUGUACAUUUUAUUCUUUUGACUGUUUGAAAUAUAUUUUUUUUUUAUUACAGUUUUAAUGUUUUAGGCUAGGAAGCAUUUAUUUGAAUACAAAAAUAACAUACACUCAACAUCCAGCGAUACCUCAAAUUAAGCGCCAUAUGAAUAUGAAAAAAAAAUCCGCAGUGCACUGAAUCUGCAAAAGGUGAACCGCAAUAUAGCAAGGGAACACUGUAAAGUGGUACUCUGACUUUUAAUUUGUUCUGUGACCACGCUUGAAACUCAUUUUACUCAUGUAGCAAAUCAAUUCUCCCCCCAUUGAAAUGAAUUGAAAUGCCAUUAAUCUGUUCCAGCACCCCCAAAACACGACAAUUUUUUGUUUACAUUUUUAAUAAAGAAAAAUAGAACUGUGUGGUAAAUAUAAAAAUUUAAUAAAAGAAUGGAAAAUAAACUGAUUUCAUGCCCACGCACACACAGUUGUAUUUAUGUGUUUAUUGUGUUCCUUUAAAGGGGCGUGGGCUUGUGAGUGACAUCAAGAGCGCUGACUGGAGCCACAGUCAGCGCUUGGACAUUUACUACGCGGUUAGUUCAGUGUUGAUUUGCCUUCGCCAUGCUCCUCGCUAGUGUUUUCAUUUUGUUUUUGUGUGUUUGACUGUCCUGUUAAAUAAGGGCAUUACAUUAUCUUAAUUAGACUUUUUUUUUUUCAAUUCCCCUGAGCACAAGUGUGUCCAAAGCUCACUCAUAAUUUUGUCUCGCAACAGAGCCAAAAAAUCGACCAAGCCAACUGCUCAUAACUCGAAAAACAUGUAAGUUGGGGCACUUGUUAAGGUACCACUGUACUUAAUUUCUGUAAUGUCUUCGCGUGUAGGAAAGGAGAGCCACAGUCGCUGAUACACUUUUCAGCCAUUUGUUGAAUGCCGAGAGAUCAAUCAAACACAAUGACCACUCUCACGCAGAUGCUGUCAGCCACAGUAUUAGCCCAGACACACACACAGACUGACCAACGUCACACACCGCCCCACCAGGCCCCGCCUCUUACACACACAUGCAUG